AUGGCGCUCAAGGCGAGGGCUUUAUACGAUUUCAAUUCCGAAAACCCUGGUGAGAUAUCAGUGAAAGAAAAUGAAAUAGUGAGUCUGUACAGCGAACAGGACAUUGAAGGAUGGCUAGAAGGGUCCAACAGCAAAGGCGAGAGAGGUCUCUUCCCCGCGUCCUACAUCGAGAUCCUGAAGAACGAUACCGCGUCCACGUUUAACAACGACACAUCUGGAUCCCGAUACGCCAAUAUUCCAACCGGAGGUUUCGGGGACGCCUCCUCUUAUAAAAUCCAGAAUCAAACUGACAACUUGUCCAAAACAUCGGUAACAUCGCCCGGGUUUACAGCGUUCUCACCGCCUGCCCCAGCACAGCAGCAGCAGCACAUUUAUCAAGCCAGCCAGGGCAGCGACGAAGACUGGGAUGAUGACUGGGAUGACAGCUCGACAGUGGCCGACGAACCCGGGGUUGUUGGGGGUAAUUACCAAGGGGACUUUGAUGGCAACGGACCGUCUAAAUACAGAAUGUCAACAUCUACGUCUAAACGUAGCAACGUUCAACAAGCCAAGAGCUCUGCCACGGUCAGUAGAAACCUCAAUAGGUUUUCAACAUUUGUGAAAUCAGGAGGGGAAGCGUUCGUGUUAGGUGAGGCAGCUGGGUUUGUGAAAGAUGGCGAUAAGAUAUGUGUUGUAACGGGACAAUACGGUCCAGAAUGGCAGGAAAACCCGUACCCCUUCACCUGUACCAUCGACGACCCCACCAAGCAGACCAAGUUCAAAGGGAUGAAGAGUUACAUUGCCUACAAGCUGACGCCCACCCACACACAGACCCAGGUAAACAGAAGGUAUAAACACUUUGACUGGCUCUAUGGCCGGCUGGUGGAGAAGUUCCCUGUCAUCUCGGUACCCCACAUACCGGAGAAACAGGCCACGGGGCGGUUUGAAGAGGACUUCAUCUCUAAAAGGAGGAAAGGGUUGAUAUGGUGGAUGAAUCACAUGACCAGCCACCCGGUCCUGUCCAAGUGUGAUGUCUUUCAGCACUUCCUCACCUGCAACAGCACAGAUGAGAAGUCAUGGAAGCAGGGGAAGAGGAAGGCGGAGAAGGAUGAGAUGGUGGGGGCCAACUUCUUCCUCACUAUCUCCACGCCCUCCGGACCCCCACUGGACCUGGUCGAGGUCGAGUCCAAGAUCGACGGCUUCAAAGCUUUCACCAAGAAAAUGGACGACAGCGUGGUCCAAGUCAACGCCACCACCAACGAAUUUGCCCGGAAACAGAUCACAGGGUUUAAGAAGGAGUACCAGAAAGUGGGCCAGGCGUUUAAAGUACUGGGCCAGGCGUUUGAGCUGGACCAGCAGGCGUAUUCAGUAGGGUUGAACCAGGCCAUAGCUUACACUGGAGAGGCAUACGAUGCUAUCGGAGACUACUUUGCAGAGCAGCCAAGACAAGAUGUGGACCCUUUAAUGGAUUUGUUACAGCUGUACCAGGGACAUCUGGCCAACUACCCUGACAUCAUCCACGUACAGAAAGGAGCACUGACCAAGGUCAAGGAGUCCCAGAAGCACGUUGAGGAAGGCAAGAUGGACGCUCCCCAGGCGGACGGCGUCAACGAGCGCUGUAACAUCAUCUCCUUCGCCACGCUGGCAGAGAUCCAGCACUUCCACCAGGUCAGGGUGAGGGACUUCAAGGCCCAGAUGCAGCAGUAUCUAACCGAGCAGAUUGGUUUCUUCCAGAAGAUCACAGGAAAGCUGGAGGAGGCCCUGCAGAAGUACGACAACGCUUAGAGCAGAGAGGUUUGAUUGGUCUAAAUCCGAUUGACCACGUUCUGAUUGGUCGAGAUCUCACAUCCGACCCCCUCUUCCCCCGAUUGGUCCAGAUAUGACCCUUGACCUCCCUCAGUCAGCCAAUCAUUGAAGCCCCAGGUGGACAUUACCUUCAACUGCCAAACAGCAAUACAAACCACUGUGAGAAGACACAGACAACACUGGAUAAUCCCUUGAAGACUGGAUGUUGAUUCCAUGUAUGGUGGCUACUGUUUUGAAGGGGCUUGAGUUGACAUUUGGCUGUGUUUUAAUGGGUUUUAAUGCAGUGUUAUUCUUUUCUGGAUCAAAAUGGGGCUUGGGUGGUGGGCGUGGCAGUGGCCAUGGGCGUGGCAAAAUGUAUCUGUUUUAAAGCACAUUUCCUGCAAUUCUACACAUUUUGCCAUGUGGCUGAGAGAACAUUUGCAGUUUAAAGCUUAUAUCCUGUAAUUCUACACAUUUUGCCAUGUGGCUUCUGUCUGCUAUCUGAGUGACUGAAACAUUCUAAUGAAACCAAUGGGGGGGCACGCCACGACAAAUACUCCUGAAUGCAUCAUUUUUAAUUUUAGAUUCUCCCUGACAGUCUCGCUUUUUAUUAUGGUGAUUGUUACUUUUCAAAGAGGCUGUUAUUUUAAAAUAUAUAUCUAUUAGGAUUUUCUACAUACUUUAUAUCUUGUUUUAGUCAUUUUAAGUUUACACUGAAAUGUUUUUCCAUAUUAUAUAUAUUUUUUUUACUUUUUGGACAUAGGCGGUCCGAAAAACCCACUGAUGCAGCGGACAGCCCAAUACUUUUCUACGUAGAGGAAACACUGGGGUGGUUUAGUAGGUGAGCCACUCAGACGCCAGACUACAAAAGCAGAAGGUCAUAAAGCUUCUAAAAAAGCUUGUGUUUUGUGUUGAUCGAUGACAAGGCAAACCUCGGUUGGUUGUAAGUAUUGAUUUAAACGAGCGAUUGGUUUGGUAGGUGUAGUAGUCUAACGAGUGGGCGGAUAUGCUAUUAUCAGAAUCGUGACUUAAGACCGAAAAUCCAAAUAUGUUGUGUAAACUUGUAUCCCUCCUGCUGCUUAUACUAACGACGGUAACAUGGGAAGGUAUUGUGUUCUUUAACCUUGUAGAUCACACUAUGUAGACUAAACCUUUUUAACAGCGUGACCAAGUUUACUAGUUAAGAUAAAGUUCCACAAAGUGACGGUGAUUUGUUCAGAGGGGGAGUCUCUACCGUAAAGCCAGGCUGUUUAGUGGCUUUAAACAGUUCAAAUGCUUCCUUCUGCUAUAACACUUGAGCUCCUCAUAGUGUGCCCCAAAUGGCUUCAUAUUCCCUAAUAUAUAGUGCACUACUUUUGACCAGAGCCCUAUGGAUAGUGCGCUAUAUAGGGUUCCAUUUGGGAAGUCCCAUCUCGAGCAGGAACGUGUUUACACAUACAGACUCCUAGCAGACUUGUGCCUUUUUUUAUUUUUUAU